GGGGCAUCGUCUUGGGUUUUGCGAGAUUUGCUUGCAGGAAGUCGGUUUCGAGAGGCCGCUGGUCCUGAGUCAGGAGAAUUGUGAAUUUUACGUGGCACUCGACAUGGAAUCUGGGGAUGUUGAGAAGGGCAAAGUACGGGCUACAAGUUUGGAUGGACAGACAGUUUUUGCCAGAGCUGUAGUGCAGCGUGGUGCGCCUCUGAAGUCCAUGCCACAUCAUUCUGAGGAGAGAGCAUUUGUUGACGUGCUGGAGGCCUAUCGGAAAGCUUCCUAUGGCCCGGCUUUCCAGACUGUGCAGCACAUGGAAGCUGGAGGGACCACCGCAACUGCAAGACUUGCUGUGCAAGAUGGAGGUUUUCAGCGCCCUGAUUUUCGCUUUGAGCCAACCCUUUUGGAUGGAGCGUUUCAGAUCAUGCUCGGCAAGUCAGCGGGGGAAGUGUGGCCCCGCUCUGUCAAGUCAGUCCACUUCGACAAUGGCGGUGGCAAGGCGUUGCGUGGCGCGGAAGCGAAAGCUGAAUGGUACCACAGCUUGGAGGGAUCGGUGCAGCUUUUUGACGAAGAUCAAUGUGUCCUCCGCCUUGAGUGCUUGCAGUUCAGCCACAAACCCCGCAAGCCACAAGUCGGUAGACCUGGCCUUGCUUUUCAGGGCACGUGGGAUGAUGCUCCCCUUCCUGGACGGGGUUUUAACGGUGGCAUGGAAACGUCUUGCGUAGCGUUUCAUUCACAAGGAAGGAGCCUGGGCUUGCUGGGAGAGCUGGGCAAAUUGUGUGACGUGAAGCUGGUUGGGUUGGAUAGUGGACUUGUGUUUGAGAAGGAUUUGUUGGAGCUCCCUACCAAUGCCACUCUUCUAUUUUGUGUGAGUUUGGAGUGUGAUGGAUCGGACGACUUGUCCCAGCAGCUUGCGGCGUCCUGCCUUUGCCUUCUGAAUCUUGUGCGCGCACUUUUCCAUGAGAAAGGUCAAAGAAGCCGGUUGCUUGUGCUCACCAGGUGUGCUGCCGAGGUGGCUGAUUCUGCGAUGCCACUUCAUCUUUCACAAUCAGCCUUUGUAGGUCUCAGUAGGGCCAUUCAACGUGAAUGCCCGCAGUUGACUGUCCUUCACAUUGAUUUGGAUGCGAUGGAACCUGCUGAGGACGCCAAAUUGCUGGCGCAGGAGCUUGUGUCGGACACUGAACCAACAGAGCUUUCCAUUGCCUAUCGGAGAAGCCAGCGUUAUGCCUGGAGACUGGGCUUCGCUGACUUGAUGGAGGGGCAAGAGAAUAUGCCCCUGCUUCAGGGGACAUACAUGAUCACUGGCGGCUUGGGUGCCUUGGGGUUGGAGAUUGGAGAGUGGCUAGGCAAGCAAGGAGUCUCUGAACUUAUCCUGGUCAGCCAUCGGGAAAAGCAGUCCAGUUCAGUGCAUGGCAAGCUUCGCAACAUGGACCAGCUCAACUGCAAGGUGUCCAUUGAGCUCAGGAAUGUUUCCCAGCGAGACCGUGUCGAUGAGCUUUUCAACAAAGUUGGCAGUCGGCUGACUGGCAUUGUCCAUGCGGCUGGCGUUCUGUGUGAUCAAAGAUUGUUUGAUGUGAGCAUAAGCACCUUCAACAGUGUCUUUGACCCCAAGGCAGUGGGGGGAUACUUGCUUCAUGCUGCUUCUCGGUUGCGCAAGCCUCAGCUUGAACAUUUUGUGCUCAUGUCCUCAACUUCCUCUGUUCUUGGUUCUAUUGGUCAAGCUUCGUAUGCGGCUGCAAAUAGCUUUUUGGAUGGCCUUUCGGCGAAGCGACGCCAAGAGGGCCUUGUUGCGCUCAGCAUCAAUUGGGGUCCAUGGGCCGAAGUUGGCAUGGCCGCAAAGUCAAAGUUGUUGCCUGGCAUACAACACCUGCCAGUGCAAGAUGCGUUGGAGGCUUUGGGUCAGGUGCUUCAGUUGCCUCUUCCCCAAGUCGUGGUUGCGGAUUUGGACCAGCGGAUGCUGUCAUCCAAGGUUGCUUGGGCUGAGCGCUUCAAAAGCCACCACAAAACAAAGGUGAUCCUUGAUGACGCGCAUGCCUUGCGGUCGUUUCUGGUGGCAACUGUGAAGGAGAUGACAGGUGCGUGUGAAGUGGACACAACGACGAGCUUUGCUGACCUUGGGGUUGAUUCACUGCACAUCAUUUUGCUGGUGCACAAAAUCCGAGACGAAAUGAUGUUGACAGUCCAGCAGCUGGAUGAGACCACUUUGUAUGACAGCAAGUAUUCCACCAUUGAUGGGCUCACGACAUAUUGCCUGCAAGUUGGCCAGCAGUCCGUGGUGGCUCAGUCCGUGGCUUGUCCCACACCGCAAAGUACCUCUUGUUUUGUGCAGGCUGUUUCGUGCGAGUACCCUCGAGGACUCACAGACAUGCGAACUCUUUUUGAUUUCCUCAUGUCUGAAAAGGAUGCAGUUUCUGAAGUUCCAGUGUCGCGGUGGGACAUUGAUUCAUACUAUUCAGAGGAAAAGCAGCCUGGUUUCUUGUACACCAGACAUGGUUCCUUUCUUGCUCGGAAUCCGUUUGCCUUUGAUGCGAAAUAUUUUGGCCUGGCCCCACGAGAAGUGAAAUACAUGGACCCGCAGCAACGUCUACUUCUUGAGACCGCGGAGCAGGUUAUGGUCACUACAUCAGGCAGUUUGGCCGAACGGGUCAGAUCUGGACCUUCUGAGACAGGAGUCUUUGUCGUUUCCAUGACCCGUGACUUUGGCGAUCAGCUGUGCCUACACCAGGUGCCACACGACCAAUAUGCCGGUAGUGGAAAUUGUCCAAGUGUUCUUGCAGGAAGAAUUGCAGACCGCCUUAAUCUGGAGGGGCCAGCGAUGACAUUGGCGACCGCGUGCUCUUCCUCCCUUGUAGCGUUGAACGUGGCUCGUUUGCAUCUCCAGACACAAUGCUCAACUGCGUUGGUAGGUGGUGUGAAUUUGAUGCUGGCUCCUGAUGUGACGAUCAACUGCUGCCAAGCCGAAAUGCUCUCACGCUUUGGUCGCUGCCGGAGCUUUGAUCAAGCUGCGGAUGGCUACGUCCGUGGCGAGGGUUGUGGCAUGUCCUUUCUCGGUGGUGACUCCAGCUUCCGAGUGCUGGGGUCUUAUGUCAACCACGAUGGCAAAGGACAAGGCUUGACAGUUCCGAAUCCUGGUGCCCAGACGAAAGUGAUUCAUCAAUCGAUGCGCUGCGCGAUGCUGGGGCCCAUGGAGAUUGACCUUCUGGAAGCACAUGGGACUGGAACCUCUUUGGGUGACCCUGUGGAAGUUCGAGGCCUUCGCACCGUCUUCAAGGACAAGAUGCCGAGCUUGCUACUGAGCACAGCCAAAAGCACAUUUGGUCACCUUGAGGCUGCAGCAGGAGCUUUGGGCCUGCACAAGGCCAUUGCUUGCCUUGCGACGAAUGCAGUGCCGAGAAACAUUUGGCUUGAGACUUUGAACCCUUUGGUGGCAGAGCUUCAGGAGGGUUGGUUGCAGGUGGUGGCUGAAAGCACGCAAGCGUCUUUGUCACUAUGUGGUGUAAGUAGCUUUGGCUUCAGUGGCACCAACGCCCAUGCAAUCGUGGCAGCAUCAGUAUCAGAGCUUCUACCCUCCAAACCAUUCACUUUUCAACGGCGAGAUCAUCCAUGGGCUUGGCCAGGUCGUUCGCCUCACAUGUCAGCCGCAACCAGCGUAAGCAGAGCUCAGGAAGUUGCUUACUCGCUAGAAUGGGAGAUGAGUGUGCCUGAACAAGGCUCGCCCGACAAGCAGCACAAGAACCUCAUUCUGAGCAAUUGGGACGAUCGGUUCAUGCUGUCGCUUGAAUCCGGAAAUGUCCAGGCUUGCUGGAAUUGCCCCGUCGGAUUUCUGGAUCAUGAUGGACACAUUAAAGAAGUGCAUCUUGACCAGCCCAAAAGCCUCCAGGUUCUUAUCAGAGAAGAAGCUCACGGGGUAGCGCGGGUCAUCAUUUGUGCGCAGACGCACGUAGAACCGCUUCCAAAGCCAGACCUGUUGUCCUUGGCCUGCUGCUUGCACUUGUUGCAAGCGCUCAUGGAAGCCAAAAAGGCCAUUCCAGUGGUCGUAGUCACAGCAGCUGCUGCAUUGGUCAGCAAGUCUCAAGACACAGUGAAUUUGUCGCAAGCUCCUUUGUUGGGCUUUGUACGAGCUGCCGCAGUGGAGUAUCCUGGACAUCCUUUUCUUGUAGAUGUUCCACUUGGAGAGCAGCUGGAUUUGUCCAAUUUGACAUGGCAAUGGCCAUGGCAAGCUCUGCGGGAUAGAACUUCACUCCACCAGGUGCUCGUGAAAGCCGCGAAGGAGUCUGCAGCUUUGGAUGUGACGGGCAAGACCUUUGCGGUGAGUGGUGGCUUUGGCUCCCUGGGCUUCGAAGCCACUUGCUGGUUGGCCGAGCAAAAGGUGAAGCGUUUGCUGAUCCUCAGCCGCUCUGCUGAGAACCAUGAGGAGAAGUUGCAGCAUCUGAGGAGCCAGUACCCUGACACUGAAGUCUUGGCAAGGAAAUGCAACGUUACUCAGGAAGAAGAGGUUAGAGACUCGCUUCGCUUGCUGAAUAGCUUGAUCCAUGGAAUGGUGCACUGUGCAGGUUCGGCUACCCAAGUCGGGCUGCUAGGGACAUUGAGGCAAGCUGAUUUCAAUAACUUGCAAGAAUCUGGUGCGUAUGGAUCUUGGACUUUGCAUGCAGUGACGGAGAAGUUCAACCUAGAGCAUUUUGUGCUCUUCUCAUCCUCUGCCUCAGUUCUGCCUAUGGAAGGACAGUCGAGCUAUGCAGCGCAGAAUGCCUUUCUUGAUCAGUUGGCGGAAUUUCGUCGGCUUGGUGGCCAAGCUGCCUCAGUCAUCAACUUUGGCCUUUGGGGUCAGGUUGGGAUCGGAACUGACCAAGCCUUCAGGAAGAGGCUUACCCCUGGCAUUGGAGUGUUGGACACAGUAGAUGCCUUGGAAGUUCUAAAGCUUGCGAUGAGAAGAGGGGUUCCUCGCCUCAUUGCGAUGCCUGUUGACUGGAAGGCUUUGAUGCCGCAUUUGGAUUGGAGCGUGAAAGCUUUCGCCAGUAAGUUUGUCAAAGCCAAGAUUGUGUUGCAGGAGUCUGCCCCAGGAUUCUCAUGCUCGCGCCCUUCCAAAGCUGACGCUAGUCAGAUGAUCCGCUCCGCAAUUUCGAGGGUGCUAGAAACAGGUUUGAAAGAUGUGGCUGAUGAUGAGGACUUGGACUCGCUGGGCUUUGAUAGCCUCAUGUUUGAGCAGUUGAGGAGGAUCAUCAACGAAGAGUUAGGUGAGCAAGUUGUGUCCGCCGCGUCGCUACUCCAACACAGGACCAUCCGGGGAUUGGCUGGGCAGAUUGCAGGUCCAGUGUGUGAACAUGCUGACGAGAAUGGCGAUGAAGACGUUGUGGAGUAUAUGCAGCAACAACAGCGACUUCAGUCAGCACGCCUGAAGACCUUGCGCAAAGGAAACCCAGAAGCGAAGUCUAUGCCGCUGAUCUUCAUCCAUACCAUCAUGGGCAACAGUUUCUUGUAUCAAUCUUUGGCAGGAGAGUUGCCUGAGUAUCAUAUUGUGGCGAUCGAUGACCCCAACUUUGGGGAUCCUGAUCAUCACUUCAAAACGCUGGAAAGCAUGGCGUGGUGCUAUGCCAGUCUCAUCUUGGAGCAAAGCGAGAUCUGUGAACCGUACCAGGUGGCAGGGCUUUCAUUUGGAGGAGCUGUUGCCUUGGAAGUGUGCCAGCAACUGGUGCGCCGAGGUAAGAAAGCCACUGCCAUCAUGCUUGACACUGUUUGUCCCCAACCAGGCCAUUUGAAGCUGCCGGAUGCGACAGUGGUGCCAGAGAAGCACGUUAUGGGCAAGCUUAGAGAAGACUUGGACCAAUUCUACCAGAUCGAGCUUCGUAACAAUGAACGCAUUCUGAACGACUACGAUGCAAAGCAGCAUGGACAGCAAUGUGCGCCCAUGUUGCGGGUGGUUUUGUUGAAAGCUCAAGGCCUCGAUGGCACUAGUCGGGCGCUGAGGGGCUUGGAGGACCUACAAAAUGGCUGGGGAUGGCUGCAUCCAGAGAUGUACAGUGUGCCUGGGUCACAUUUCACCAUUUGUGAGCCUGGCUAUGCAGAGCGGACAUCUGCCGCGAUCCGGUUCGUCCUGGGUGGAAAGCCAGUGAAAUUGUCAAGUCUCUCUGACCUUUGGUUUCACGCAGUUCGUCACGGUGAUAGCUUUCUGUACACCAGAUUGCUGAAGCAUCCAGAGUUUGCAGAGUGCUGGAUCCAUGAUGAAGCAGCAGCUCACCACAUGACUGCUCUCCAGAUGGCAGCAGAAAAUGAUGACGUUUUCCUGGCAAAACUUCUAUUGACCAAGGGUGCCCGGAUGACUUCCAACGGCAAACAUGCUGUAGAUUCUGCUCUCAAUGCAGCAAGCUUUCGGACCUUCAGCCUUCUGAGCCUUCUAAGCCAGCGUACGGAAAGCUCUACAGAGUUGGUGUUGGAUGACUUUGGUGAUAGAGAAAACAAAAAGCAAUUGGAGAUCUUCUCGAGGCCGGUUGGGGCUGCCGAGCGGAGAGGGCAACCUUGGCUGCGAACGCUCAAGGCCAUGAAUGCCUCAGGCGACUCGACUCGCCACCAUGAGGGCCCAAUGGGUGAGCAGCUACACUUGCUCCAGCAGUACAGUUGAGGUUGCUGCAAGUGUUGUAGCUAGUAAGCAGCUAGUAGCUAAACGCAUGCUGAUAGGCUUUCAUCCGUUCAUUUAGCCGGACAAAUUGUACAGACAACGGUGCCCACACUGAUGCGCAAGUUUCGCUCCAAUGUGGGUGUGCGCUCUUAUGAAAGGACGAGUGCGAAUCAAACUCCGCGAAGAGUGCGCAGCGCAUCCGCCAACCUUGUCGGCCCACGAGGUCGUCACAAGGCUUGUCGCUUUAUGAUUUGCCUGUCAUUUUGAGAGACACGUUUAUUCAUAGUCAG